AUGGAGUCAUCUAGGGGACCCCCGAGGGUCAAGAACAAGGCCGCCGCGCCUGUUCAAAUCAGUGCCGAGCAGCUGCUUCGAGAAGCUGUCGACCGACAAGAAGUUGGAGUUCAGGCGCCUACCCAACGCUUCGCUGAUCUGGAGGAGCUCCACGAGUAUCAGGGAAGAAAGAGGAAGGAAUUCGAGGAUUACGUUCGACGCAACCGAUUAAAUUUAAACAACUGGAUGCGAUAUGCGCAAUGGGAGCUCGAGCAGAAGGAGUUCAAGCGCGCCGAGUCCGUUUUCGAGCGCGCUCUCGAUGCCCACCCCAACAACGUUCAACUAUGGGUUCGCUAUAUCGAGUCGGAGAUGAAAUCGAGGAAUAUCAACCAUGCGCGAAACCUGCUGGAUAGAGCCGUCUCGAGAUUGCCACGAGUCGACAAGAUCUGGUACAAAUAUGUCUACAUGGAGGAGAUGCUGGGCAACAUCCCCGGAACCCGUCAAGUCUUUGAUCGGUGGAUGCAAUGGCACCCGGACGAGGCUGCAUGGAGCUCUUAUAUCAAGUUGGAGAAGCGAUACGGCGAAUUCGAACGGGCACGAGAGAUCUUUCGAACCUUUACCCAGCUUCACCCCGAGUCCCGGAACUGGAUCAAAUGGGCCAAGUUUGAGGAGGAAUACGGCACAAGCGACUCGGUGCGGGAAGUAUUUGGAGAUGCAGUUGAGGCAUUGGGCGAUGACUUCGUCGACGAAAAAUUGUUCAUUGCCUACGCACGCUAUGAGGCCAAGCUGAAAGAGUAUGAGCGUGCUCGAGCUAUAUACAAAUACGCUUUGGAUCGCUUGCCACGAUCCAAGUCUAUGAUUCUCCACAAGGCAUACACAACGUUUGAGAAGCAGUUUGGUGACAAGGAUGGGGUGGAGGAUGUCGUAUUAUCCAAGAGAAGGGUGUAUUAUGAAGAGCUCAUCAAGGAAAACCCUAAGAACUACGAUGCUUGGUUCGACUAUGCAAAACUCGAGGAAACCUCCCAAGACUCUGACCGAAUCCGAGACAUAUACGAGAGAGCAGUGGCUCAGGUUCCACCAACACAGGAGAAGCGACAUUGGCGACGAUACAUCUACCUGUGGAUCUUUUACGCGAUAUGGGAAGAGAUGGAAGGGCAGGAUGUUGAGCGGACACGGCAGAUUUACAACACAUGCCUGGGUCUUAUUCCACACAAGCGGUUCACAUUUGCUAAAAUCUGGCUCAUGGCGGCGCAAUUUGAGAUCCGGCAGGGUGAGCUUACUGCAGCACGAAAGCUCCUCGGACGCGCCAUCGGCAUGUGUCCAAAAGACAAGAUUUUCAACGGUUACGUUGAUUUAGAGCGCAAGCUGUUUGAGUUUGUGCGAUGCCGUACUCUCUACGAGAAGCACAUCGAAUUCAACCCAGCCAACUGCCAGACAUGGAUCAAAUUCGCGGAGCUGGAGCGUGGAUUGGACGACCUGGAACGCACGCGCGCCAUCUUUGAGCUUGCCGUUCAGCAACAACAACUUGAUAUGCCUGAACUACUGUGGAAGGCAUACAUCGACUUCGAGGAGGAGGAAGGCGAGUACGAACGCACACGUGCUCUUUACGAGCGCCUGCUCGAGAAGACGGACCAUGUCAAGGUCUGGAUCAGCUACGCACAUUUCGAAAUCAACAUUCCCGAAGACGACGAGGAAGAAGGCGACGAGGAGCAGCCCGCCAGCGAAGAGGCCAAGGCAAGGGCACGCAAGGUAUUCAAACGAGCGCACAAGAGUAUGCGAGACCGGGAUCUCAAGGAAGAAUGUGUAUCACUUCUCAACGCCUGGUUGUCGUUCGAGCGCACGCACGGGUCUGUGGAGGACUUGGAGGCGGUUCAGAAACAGAUGCCACGCAAGACCAAGAGACGGAGAAAGCUCGACGACGACUCGUGGGAGGAGUACAUCGACUACGUCUUCCCUGCUGACGACAAACAAGCAGCCAACCUCUCCAACCUCUUAUCUAUGGCGCAGAGCUGGAAACAACAGUCAGGUGGAGGGCUCGGCGCAUGA